AUAGGGGUGUACUAUGCUCACCUAGCUCAAUCUAGAGCCUAAUACCUCUUCCUAUUUUUCACCAUAUACAUAAUCGAAAAGCUUAGCAAGAAGUUCCUUCCUCUUCCACGGCUUUCAAGUUCCACCUAACCGGUGUAAAUCCUCUCGGCCGGCCCGGCCUCUAUGGAAAAAAUUUCUCCACAAUAAGAAAUCAGUUCAAAAUCUAGGGUUCUUUUUCUCUAUAGGAGAGAACGAAUUUCAUGGCGGCAACUCUCAUAUUGAAACCUACCCUUUCCUCUGCUUUCCUCGGCCAAAAACUUUCGAGUAGAGGAAAUUCGAAGAGGUCGGAACCGUCUCGUUUGUUUUCAAAGGGUACAAAAUGUGCAACGGAUACGGCUUAUGGAGGUAACGUUCCAAAGUUUUCUCGAGUGAAUGUUUGGGACCCUUACAAACGUCUUGGAAUAAGCCGUGAUGCCUCUGAGGAAGAAGUUUGGAGUUCGCGCAACUUUUUGUUAAACCAGUAUGCCAAUCAUGAGAGAAGUGCAGAAUCAAUUGAAGCUGCUUUUGAGAAGAUACUAAUGAAAAGCUUCAUAAAUAGAAAGAAGACAAAGAUUAACUUGAAAACAAGGCUAAAAAAGCAAGUCGAGGAAUCUCCGCCAUGGGUUCAGAACCUCCUCAGCUUUGUGGAACUUCCACCACCUGUAAUUAUCUUGAGGAGAUUAUUCCUCUUUGGAUUCAUGGCAUGCUGGAGUGUGAUGAACUCAGCUGAAGCUGGCCCUGCAUUCCAGGUAGCAAUAUCAUUUGGAGCUUGUGUAUACUUCCUUAAUGACAAGACAAAGAGCUUAGGUAGAGCUGCUCUUAUAGGGUUUGGAGGCCUUGUGGCUGGUUGGUUUUGUGGUUCACUGUUGGUUCCCAUGAUUCCUUCAUUUCUGCUGCAACCAACAUGGAGUCUUGAACUCUUGACGUCUCUCUUCAUAUAUGUUUCUUUGUUUCUGUCCUGUACUUUUCUCAAAUGAGACUCUAGAGAACCUGUUUAACUGCAACAGUUUUGGCAUGUUGCAUCUUGCUUAAUUCAUGGUGUUCCUCCAAUACUUUGUACCUUCGAGCUAGUUAUAUGGUGAUUAGAAAUUGUUAUCAAACUAGUAGGAGUUACGGUCAAUGUUUAUCUUCCAUUUACUCUUGAAUUUUCAAAUGAUGUAAGUUGAAGAUACAUGUAUCUGGGCUCAUUGGUCCUCCUUUCGCCAAGAUAAAGUGAAAUUUUAGUGGGAAAAACUGUUAUGUUUGCUACA